CUUUGGUCGUUGUGGACUACAGUUCCCAUAAGCCUUUGCAGCACUCGCGGAAGUCCUUUUCUUUCUUUUCCGGUGUCGGUGGAUUCCUUUUCGGAAAUACAUCGGCGGUCACAAUGGCACCCCUCCGACCCCUCACAAAGCCUAAAAUCGUCAAGAAAAGAACCAAGAAGUUCAUUCGCCAUCAAUCAGACCGAUAUGUCAAGAUUGCGAAAAACUGGCGCAAGCCCAGAGGUAUUGACAACAGGGUCCGCAGGCGGUUCAAGGGGCAGAUGCUCAUGCCCAACAUCGGUUACGGUAGUAACAAGAAGACAAAGUAUAUGCUGCCAAGUGGCUUCAAGAAGUUCCUGGUGCACAAUGUCAAGGAGCUGGAAGUUCUGAUGAUGAGCAACAAGUAA